UUCUAAAUACAGUCAUGAUUAGGAAUCCUGAUUUCGACACGUUUGUGUGCUGUGCUGUGUGUUCAAAACUAAUUCCACCGCCCCCCAGAACAGAGACCUAUGAACGGAUUAGGGAAUAUAAACCUUUCAAGACUCGAUAUUAUACUCACAAAGAUAUACUAGAUGUCGGGGCAGACAUUAAGCAACAAGAAGCAGAGAGAAGAGAACAAGAAGUACAAAAACGGAUUGAAAAAGUAAAAAACAGACUGUUGUCUCAGGCUGAGAAGGAAAAAGAGGAGGCUGUGUAUGAUGCUCUUUCUCGCGCUGCAGCCCUCCACAGGCAAGACAUAGAAGAGCUUAAAAUGAAACACCAACAAGAACUGCAGGUGGCUGUGAUGAAUACGAGGACAGAAAUGCUGAAGCAUCUGGAAAUAGAGCUGAAGAGAGAAUCUGAAGCUGCUGAACAGCGAAUGACCCACAAACUCCGACGGCUCAUGCUGGAGAUCUCUCUGGAGAAGGUGGCAGCUGUGGCUGAAGCUAGGGAACAGGAGAGAUCCAAAACAGCUGAAACCCUGUCCAAGCAACAAAAGCACAAUAUGGAACAAUUACGGCGAGCUGGAGUAAUGGCUAAUGAUAUCUAUCAGAAGAACCUGCAACAAUUAGCCUGGGAGAAAAAACAUGAAAUGGAAAGGGCCUUUGCUGUCUCCCAAAAAGAAUACCAGGAAGAAACAGACAAGCUCCUCAGAGAAGCAGAGAGUGACCGGGAGGCUCAGCUGGGACUGGUGGUGAAUCAGGUGAAUGAAAAAGACACUGAGAUUUCCUCUCUUGCCCAGAAACUGGACCAUAUGACGGCAUGGAAAGACAGCUUGGAAACUGAAAUAUUAGAAACAAGAGAAGCGUUUCAGAAGUACAUUGAUGUCACGUUCCCUCAACUUGCCCCAGGGCAAGCAAAUUUUAUCUUGCCCUUCAGAGUAGCAACGGCAUUCACAGAUGCUGCCGUAGACGUUCAAGAUCAAUGA